UCCUUGGGGCCAAGAUUUGUUCUCUAGAGAGCUCAGCAUUUGUGGCUUGUUCUCAGUAUGCCCUUGCUCUCACUGUGAAAAGAUACCUAUCCAUAUUCUGUAAAGAAUAAUAAAAAGAUUUGGAUACUAGAGAGCUCAGCUUUGCCCCACGGUGCGCGCACACGCAUCCCCUUUAUUUUGGAAAAGGGAGUUGCAUUUCCCUCUCAAAACAGGGGUGCCUGUUGCAGCUCUUUAUGUCGCAGGUCCCUGGCCCCUCUUCUUCGCUCCUUGGUCAUCCCGCCGGGCCUUGCACGUCUGAACACGGAUGCAUGCGUGCAGGAGACCUGGCGGCCCCUCAGGGGCGACCUUUUGCUCCCGAAGGUAAAAGCUCCCGAGAGAAAUAAAGUCCGAACACCUCCCUCCGUGAAGGGAGGCGACGAUGGUGCUCCUGUCUGGAGACGGCAAAGCGGCCGGGGAGGGCCGGAGUCCCGCCGCGGCGAAGCACCUGCCCGUACCGCCCUCCGAGCCUGCCGGGCCGGGAGCCGCGGCGCCUGAGGGGAGCGUGGUCGUCGGCUCCAGCCCAGCUGCCGGGGCGGAGAGGUCGCGAAGGGGCAGCGAAGGCGAUGGCGGCGGCGGCGGUGCUGAGGGAGGAAGCGACGAGGACGACGCUGGCGGCGACUACGAGGAGUACGAGGACUUCUCGGACCUCCCGGACACGCGCAGCAUCGCUUCGGACGACUCCUUCUACCCGCCGCGGGCGGACGGCGACAGCGACGACGGCGACGACUGGUCUCUGGGAGAGUCGGACUCGUCGACGGGAAGCCCCGAGGCGCUCACCCUCUUCCGAGCUUGCUGCACCAACAACGCCGUGGCCUUGAGAGCGAUCAUCCGGCAGGGGCCCGAGGAGAAGGAGGCCAAGGAGACCGACCGCAACAAGAGGACUGGCCUUAUUGUUGCCUGUUACCAAGGGUUUGUGGAUAUUGUAAUAGCCUUAGCACAAUGCCCUCACAUUGAUGUAAACUGGCAGGACAAUGAAGGAAACACAGCUCUGAUUACAGCGGCCCAGGCAGGACAUAUUACUAUUACACAGUAUUUAUUAAACUAUUAUCCUGGCCUUGAUAUUGAGAAAAGGAAUGUCUUUGGAUUUACUGCACUCAUGAAGUCUGCAAUGCAAGGCCGAAGUGAAUGCAUCAGAGCUUUAAUGUUGGCAGGGGCAAACAUUUAUGCCACAGACCCAGGCCGUGGAUUCACAUCUCAGGAAUGGGCAUGUUUCACAGGAAGAAUAGAAUCUGCCUAUCUUAUGCAAAGACUUAUGGACAAGCCAUGUGCUGAGCAAUUUUGUGACCACUAUGAGCUAGAAUGGCCAAAGUUGAAAGAACUUCUUGCCAAGGCUGCAGAGCCAAAGACCUGUUUGCAAAAGAUCUCGGAAGGCGUCAGAUCAAUAAUAGCUUCCAGAGGUUUCAAAGGCCCUGAAGAUGAUGGUGUCCUUGAUCAUAUGGUUCGGGUGACGACAAGUCUAAGGAGCUCUUUUGUUGCCAUAGCUUGUAGGACCGUAUGCCCUGGAAGUCCGCCUGGCAUAGGGAAACGCAGGCCUGCUGUACAAGAGAUCUUUAGGAAACAAAGAGCCAAGGAAAUCAAAUCUAUGGAUAGCAAAGACCAUUUUAACAGCUAUGAGAAGCUGUUUCAGAACUCCAGAGUUAUGUUAGUCUCCAAAAAGAAGGAAAGGCGAGCCAGCCUCCAGCCUUUCAGUCUAAAUGUACCUCAGGUUAGCAUUGUGGUUCCAAGGAAAUCAAGCUUGCUGCCACUACACUUGUUGAGAAGGAGCAGUGUGCGCCCAGGAUUUGUCAUCCCCAAAGUCCGAAUCAACAAGGCACCUCCACCUACUUUCCAGCCAGAGAAAGUCAGACGAAAAAGCAGCGCCGGUGAUGGGGCUUAUCUGCAGAUUCCUAAGUGGAGGUAUAAAGAGCUGAAGGAAGAAAGAAAGAAGGCAGAGGAAGAAGAAAAGAAAAAAGCAGAAGCAGCUCAGAAACAGAAGCAAGGGUCUCCCGUGAAAAGCAAGACUUGAACUGAGGCUGAGACUCAUGAUAGCACUACUGAGAUCAAUAGAAAAGUCAAGUUGCUGUAUUGGGGCCAGCUGAAUGACACAAUUUAAAGGAGAAUAAA